CUGACUGACGUUUCGAGAUAUUUCAGGAACUUCGCAAUAUUUUUGUUUUCGGCGAUUUUUUGCAAAGUUUUGGUUUCUACUGUUUAUAAAUAACCAGCAAGUGGAGAUUAGACUUUUUCCUAAUAGGCAAUAGAGUUUAAUAGUACAUCUGUGUUUUAUUCUGAAAAAUAUUGUCACUUUUAUUGAACACAUUAUUUCCGACCCAUUUUUUGAGUCCACGUGCGAAAUAGUUGUAUAACAUGGUUGUAUUUACUUGCGGGCAUUGCGGCGAGUCUGUACAGAAACCUAAGGUCGAGAAGCAUUACUUGACAAAAUGCAGGAACCGCAGCCCCAAUUUAUCUUGUAUGGAUUGUUUCAAGGAUUUUGGCCAGGAUUAUGAGAAUCACUACAAAUGCAUUACCGAAGAAGAAAGAUACUCUGGAAAAGGUUUCCAAGCCAAGGAGAAGAAGGGUGAGAAAAAACAGAAUGCCUGGGUUGAGAUGCUGCAGUCGGUCCUGGACGAACAAAAGUCUGCACCAGCCAACGUGCGCAAGAUCGUCGAGGCUAUCAGCAAACACAACAACACACCGCGAAAGAAGCCAAAGUUCAUCAACUUUGUUAAAAAUGUAUGCGGUCACAAGACCAACCCAAAAGAUAUCGAUCAAGCCUGGGAUCUCAUUUCGGUGAAGCUAUUGGAGUUAUCUAAUGUCAAUCAGAGUAGGAACCAAAGUAAAAAUAAUGACACACCCAAAAGUAAUGGAAAUGUGGAAAUUGAAGAAACCAAUGGUGAUAUAAAAGACACAGAAACUGAAGAGAACAAAGAAAAUGGUGAUGUGGAACCAGAAAACGUUGAAGUUGAAGAAAAAAUUGAAAAUGGUACAGUUGAAAAGGUUAAUGACAAGAAGUUGACCAAAAAACAGCGCAAAGAGGAGAAAAAGAGGCAAAAAUAUGAGGCGGAAUUACAAAGUGCCGAAGCUCCACCAGCUGAAGAGGAAGACGAUGAAAACCAAGCUCCAAGCAAGAAGGGAAAGAAGAAGAAGAAUAGGACAGAGUCUGGAAAUAACGAAGAAGAUGCCGUGCCAGCUGAGGGUAAGAAGAAGAAGCGUAAGAGGCAAGACACCGUCUGCAGUACCAUAGAGGUUGUGGAAAAUGGUAACGACAACAUUGAAAAUGUGCCUAUUAAUAAAGAAAAGACUCUAAAAAAGAAAUUGAAAAUUGAUGAGAAGGAAGCUGCUGAUGAAAGCGUUUGUUUGCAUGAUCAGAACGUUGCGAACGGAGAAACCGAUGAAGUUGUAGUAUCUAAAGGUGAAAAGUUUGACUGGCAUGCAGUUAUAAUGUCGGUUUUACAAAAGAAAGGCGAUGAGAUGCCAUUCAAGAGACUACAGAAGAAAGUUUUAUCCGAAUACCAAGAGAUGACUGGCCAAGAAGUGGACGAUAGAAUCGCUGAAAAGUUUAUUAAGAGAUUGAAAAGCGCUCCUAAAGUGCGGGUUGACAGAAACAGGGUUUAUAUUGAGGACUAAGUUAAUUAUCAGAGAUUUUAAUUUGGUAUUCUACAUGCCAGUUGUUAAACGUAAGAGUUUUAAUUAAGGUAGUAUCUCUGGGACAACUUUACGUUGCUUACUAUAGAUGAUUUGUACUUUUUACACCUUCGAAGCAUUUUUCUUUUCUAUACCUAAGUGUGGUUGGUGUUCAAUAAAAUAUCCUAUCACUAUAGACAUAAUACAUUUUCCUCAGAGUUGUGCAUAAUGAUGAACUGUAUGAGAAAUUAUGGUUUGUAUUAAAUGUUUCAUGUGUAAGUA